AUCGAACAGUUUAGUGAUCGUACACGAUCGGAUGUGUAACAACAGGUGAAGAGAAGAAGCGUAGAAGUGUAUCAUGAUGGCGAUGAAGAUCGGCUGGAAAGCCUGUGGAACGAUCCUGCUGGCGUUGGUUGCAAUCGUCGCUGGGCAGUACGGGUCAUGUGACUUCACGUACAACUACACCAGCGGUUUGACCAGCUUUAUUCAAUCGCCCAACUUUUCCAACUACUAUGCACCGGGCACAAAAUGCCGGUACACCGUGAACGCACCGGUAGGACACUAUCUGUACGCGCAAUGCUACGACAUGUAUCUGCCCUCGAGUACCGGGUGCUACUAUGACAAGCUGGCCGUUUCGUUGAGUGGAGAUGCAAAUCUGGCCGAUGCUCAGAUACGGUGCGGAACGACCACCUUCAACGUGCAGAGCAGCUACAACAAGUUGGUGGUGGCUUUGCUGGGCAGUACUAGCACGGCCGGUGGACGGUUCCGUUGUCAGAUAACGGCCAUCAAGAUUCCGUGCGAUUGUGGACGUCGUAAGACGGCUACCAUCGUAAAUGGGUUCCCUACGCUGGUGAAUGAGUACCCGAUGAUGUCCGCAUUGGUGGAUGGACCGUCGAAGUCGAUCUUCUGUGGAUCUACCAUUGUUACUGAUCGGCAUGUGUUGACAGCUGCUCACUGUUUGCUGAGCAGAUCGGUCGCCAAUACGUUCGUCCUGGUGGGAGAUCACAAUAUUAAAACCGGAGCCGAAACAAGCUAUUCGUCGGCUAUGGUCGCAUCUACUUUCACCACGCAUCCAAGCUAUAAUCCCACUGCGAAAACGAACGAUAUUGCAUUGGUACGAACUGCCAACACGAUUGUCUUCAAUCCCGGCGUUGGACGGGUGUGUCUUCCGUUCCGGUUCAGCACCAGCACCUUCGAUAAUGUUCGCCUGAGUGCGCUUGGCUGGGGUACGAUCGAUUUCGGUGCACCAACGUCGGAUGUGCUGCUGCAGACAACGUUGGCCGUAGAACCGUCCAGCUCCUGCUCGACCAAACUUUCGCGGACGAUCCUCGCAACGCAGAUGUGUACGUUUGCGGCUGGUAACGAUACGUGCCAGAACGAUUCGGGCGGUCCACUGUACUAUACGGACCCGAACAGCCAGCUGGUGUAUGAGGUCGGUGUGGUUGGGUUUGGGGUGGCCUGUGCCUCCAGUUUCCCCAGUGUGAACACGAGGGUUACAUCGUAUCUGGAUUGGAUUACUACCACCACCGGGUACACGUUCUGUGAGAAGUAGGACAUUUAAGCUUUAAGACAUUUUGAAGGUACCGUGGUUUUUGGAAUAGAGGAUCGAUGGGGAAAUAAAGUUACUUAAAUAUUGUGACUUUGUUAACUUCUUAUUGUCUCAGCAGUUGGAGGAUUUUACCACCAUUUAUAUUUUUAUUACAAGAAUUUAAAUUCUCAUGUAUCGAAUCUUUAGAGAUUACGGUGUACCUCUAUAGUCUAGUGUUUAUUAUCCAUCUCUUCAGUUCACACAACUAAGUAUAAUCCACUUGAUGCUAGAAAAUUGCGUUUGCGUCCUCCAAUAGCACGGUCUAGAUAUUGUACGUACUUACUGAGCAUCCAAAUAAGGGUUACAUCAAAGUCAAGAAUGCCAGUGUUAGGUUUAUUCGUAUAUACGAAUUGAAUAAAUGGUAAAUUGAGCUGAGCGAAUGUUAA